UCUGGUCAACACUCCGAAGCAAAAGGUGGCGGUAAUGCGCCUAAUAACGCUCGAUGGCAGCAACCCUUAAAACCAAAUAGAAGAAGAAGAACCCGGAAGUAGUUGGACAUGGACACCAGGGUUGUUUUGAAGCAUUUUUCUUCCACUAUAACUUAAUGUCUAGCUUGCUGCCUCCUGGUUGAACUUGUCAAAAUGGAGGAAGAGGAGCAGCUGCGGUCUGUCAUGUUCCUGAUGACAUACAUGCUGCUGAAGCGCAGGAGAGACAUAAACAACGCCCACAUUCAGAGGCGCAGUGAGAUUCAAAGACGCAUCCGACAUCGGCAGUACUUCUUCCAAAGGCAGAGGAGGAUGCUGAUGAUGAUGAUAGCAGGAGGCACCCACUCCAACGUCCGCAUCCGCACACGUCCCUGGACCACAACUCCAAGCACCGAUUGGUGGGAGCGGGUGGUGAUGACAGAAUUCCAGCCCUCUGAUUGGCUGGAUAAGUUCCGGAUGAGCCGGGAGACGUUCUUCUACCUCUGUGACAAGCUGCGGCCACGUCUGGCUCGCCAGGACACCAGCUUCCGCCUGGCGCUGCCGGUGGAGAAACGUGUAGCUGUGGCUCUGUGGCGUCUAGCAUCGAACAUCGAGUACCGCACCAUCAGCACCCUCUUUGGUGUGGGGAAGUCCACUGUGUGCAGGUGUGUUAGAGACAUGUGUCAUGCCAUCGUGGCGCUCCUCAGCGCUGUCUACCUGCGGCCCCCCAAUGAGCAGGAGCUGGAGGAUUCAGCCCAGCUAUUCUUGUCCCACUGGGGCUUCCCUCACUGCGCCGCUGCUAUAGUAACGCUCCACACGGCUAUCAUCACCCCAUCAAGCAACGCGUCCGACUAUGCCAACCCUGCUGGCUGGCUCUCAGUGCUGUCUCAGGUGGCUGUUAGUGGGCGGGGGCAAUUCUGGGAUGUAUGUGCCAGUUUCCCAGGAGGGACGGACCCAGCUGACAUCUUACAGAACUCAUCCCUGUGGGCCACAGCUGCGGAAGGUGGACUGUCACCUGCCCCACCACCUAUCUUCAUGGGAAAACCACUUGGGUAUGUGCUGCUCGGGGAGGCCUGCUACCCGCUCCAGAGCUGGCUGAUGAAGGCCUAUCCUGAAGAGAAAGGCAGAAGGGCAAGUCACGCAGCGCUGACGGAGCCACAGCGCCUUUUUAAUCGGCGGCUCGCCAGAGCGCUUCGUGUGUCCGAGGAGGCGCUGCUGAGGCUGAGGGCACGCUGGCAGUGCCUGAGCAAAAGGAAUGACUGUGGGCUGGAUGUGGUACCCACGAUGAUCCUGGCCUGCUGCAUUCUGCACAACAUGUGCGAGUCUCACGGGGACACCUUCAAGGCAGAGUGGCAGGUGGAGGUAGCCGAGGCAGAGAGCCCUCAACCCAGCCACAAGCCGCUCAUCUCAACCAACAUGGACCAAAGUCAUGCUGAGGAGAUCCGACGCCUCUUCUGUGACUACUUUGAGCAGCAGAGUAAUUGAGAAUGGUUCUUAAACAUGAGGACUAAUGUUACUGAAAUUCUUGUAAACAUUUGUACUUGUACUAUUAUAUUUUAGCCCCACAAGUAGCAUGGCUGUCCCUUUGGGAUGGCAACAUAACUCUGUCGUUCAGUUAUUCCAGUAUUAACCAGUAUCUUAAUGCUAACUGUAGUCAUGGCAAUGUUAACAUUAAAUAUCAAGGCAUAUGUAAGCCUAAAUGCACCUAAAAUUGAAAAUGUAAAGCUUAGACUAAUCAAAAAUAGAGAAAAAUACACCACUCACCCAGUAUCAGAUUAGCUGAGGUGCUGGAGCUAAAAAAUAUCAAACUGAAUGAAAAAAAAAAGCAUUUGCACCCUCAAAUCUGUGCAAGAAUCUUUUUAAUUUGCGAGACCUUCUUCAAGGCAUGAACAGGUAUCAAGUGAACACAGCAGUAUGAAGGGCUGAGCUCUCGCUGGCAUAACCUCCUGUUAACAUCACCCCCUCUAUGAAGAGCAAUCUGCUCUAUGCCCUGGAACCUAAGGGAGGAAAUGGGGUGUGAAUGGUUAUUAAAGUGACACGCUAAGGGACAGUUCAUAUCUUUGCGUCUUAUGGAACUUUUGUGUUCAGUUGGCACAGGGGUAAUUUCCCUGUUUAAGAAGAGCCAGAACAGUCCAUUUAUGAAUUAGGCAAUAUGUUGGCUCUAACCAAUUUAUAAUGCAGGUUAGGUCCUCUUUUAUAAACAAGUAGGUACUGUAAAAUUUGUGUAUUCAAUGUGCUUAGUGUUUCUUGGCUGUCUCUAUAGACACUGCUGCAUUCACUUGCUACCUGUUUAUGCCUUGAGGAGGAUAUCUGACUGAAAGCUUAGGCUAAUAAAGAUAGGCCAUAUCUGACCAUGUAGACCUCUGCCUGUUAGGCUGAGUGAGAUGUACUAAAAUCAUAAUACAUCAAUAGAAAAACACAUCUGAUUUAGGGGGGACUAUGUCAGUACUCUGCUGCCACCAUCUGGUCAAAUGUUACAUGUUUUACCCCACUUGUGGUAAGAAUUAAAGAGUAGCUAUAUUGCCCUUUUCCCAAUUUUGUAUUCAUCAAACAAUUUUGUUUUCAAUUAUGUAAUAACAGGCUGCUUUUUCUAUUUAUCAUGACCCUGUGCUUGUUUUUUUGUACAUUAUUUGUGUAAUGCACCACGUCAUAAAGCUCCAAGUUUUAUUUAAAGUAAGAUUGGUGUGCAUGGUUUUCUUUUAUUGAUGAUUUUUAUUACCUAGUUCUUGAGCUUGUAUUAGUUUCUGCAUGCAACUGUAGUCUAAGAGUAUGACCACAAGAUGUCACUGGUAUCACAGUCCAAGUGCGGCCACAGACCUCGUUUAUCAUUCCUCUUGGUCUGACGCUUCAUGCAUUAUACUGCAGGUUAUUGAUGGAGUGAUGGAGAGUGCUCAUUUCAACCUAUUCUGCCUUGAUGGACAGUUGAUAUUGUUGAAAGAUCUU